UCUAGCAAUGAGAUUGUGCUCAGUUAUAAUUUGUCAACGACUUGAAAAGAAAAUUCAGGCUGAACUCCUAUAUCUCAGCCAUCACCCUGUAAUCACUCACUUUCUCUCUCCUCUUCUACUAACGAUUCGUUGAUCACUCAACUCCCCAAAAAUGUCAAAUAGUUGGAAAAUCAUAUUAUCAGUGACAUUAUUUGCUACAUUAUUUGACAUUUACCAACAUCAAAUUACCAUUCCCUCUUGCAAAAUUGCAAAUGCUAAUUCCAAUCAAACACUCUUUGAUGAUUUUGACCAUAAUCAUGAAGAUUUAACAGCCAUUCUUGUCUCCAAUUUACUCUUACGCGGUUCUGAUUCUUCAUUCUUCGAUUUGUUCUUCAGAGACUACUUUUUGUCCCAAUUCUUCUCGAAAUCUUUUGAUAUUUUGAAGCCUGAUAUACUUUUAGUCCUUGGAGAUGUUUCCGCUAAAGGAUUUGAGUUGACAAGUAAAAAAUGGUCAUCUGUGGUAGAGCAAUUUGAAAGGAUUCUAGGUCCCUAUCUUCACCUGCCUUUUCAUGUUACUCUGGGUGACAGGGAUAUUGGAGAAUGUAGUAAGUUGAAGGCCAGCUUAGUGCGCCGGGUUGCUAGCAGUUUCCCAGAGCUGAAUCGUGGAGGCUGUGGUAGCUUUGGGAUAAGCAAUGUUAGUUUCAUCUCAAUCAAUGCCAUGGCAUUGCUUUGUGGCAACAAUGAACUUCUGUCAGAUGUUGAGACAGUUAUUGAAACAGAAAGUGCAUACUUACAAACACAAUCUGAAGAUGGAGAACAAUCAGUCAAAUUGAAUGCUGCUGAUGAAGCUUCCUAUCAGCACAGAUGGAGAGAUAAUCCCACUUCACCGCAAUCUGGCCCUGUCCUUUUGCUUCAUAUCCCCUUGCAACAAAUAUCAAAUAGCUACUGCAAUCAAGAGAGCAGCUCCAGUGCCAUUUGGAACUCUCUUCCAAACAGUCUGAAAAAACUAUGGAGGGCUGAUACCGAUUCUGGACCAUAUGACUUGCUGCACACUAUUCCACCAAAUGCAUCUGAAUACAUCUUUCAGGCACUUAAACCUAGGAUAAUUUUCAGUGCUCACAGCCAUAAAUUUUGUGAUGUUAAACAUCCUGAUGGGACACGUGAGGUAACAGUUCCAGCUUUGGCCUGGACAGCAAAGGAUGAUCCCGGUUUUAUUGUUGCUACUUUCAGAAGGAAUGAAGCAGUAGUUGUCAGGCACUGUUCCCUCCCUAGAGAAUCUCAUGUUGUGGUUUCAUUUAUCGCCAUUUUUGUUCUAUCAAUAUCACCUGCUGUCAUAACAAUUUUACUGCAUCGACUGAAUGUAAGAUAUGUUGGGUGAUAUGUCCUCCACGUUUUUGCUUUAUUUCCUGGAAAAAGAAAAAAAAAAUCUUCUUUACUUAUGAAUUUUGUUCAUAUGCUUUAUGCUUUACAGUUUGUUAAUCUUCCCUUCAUGUGAUCUGUUCUAGCAGAAAUCAGUUAACAUCAACACUAGUCUCUAGGAAACGCUAAAAACUAAUUUAGAAGCUUGUUAUUGGCACAUCACUUCAACUACAUAAACUCUCUAUGAAUUGU